GCGACUCGCAAUUUUCUGGUGAAUUCGAUCUGUAACACGUUGAAGCUCCAGUUUCUGGGGUUUCUCUUUCUCUUUUAGUGUAGAUUCGGAGGAGGUUGUUGGUUGAACUGAAUAAUGGGAGAAGAGCUGAAACAACAGCAGAACAAUUCAUCUCUCUAUAACCAAUCAGCAUCAUCUACUUAUGGGUAUGGAAGCUCGCUAGCCUAUAAUCAAUCCGUAGACAUUGAAUCUGCAGCAAGUAACGCUCUUCUUCGCGAACAAGAGAUUGAAACACAGAAGAUCAUACAAGGUCAAAGAGAGGCUGGGACUUCAGUAGAUGGAGAAGAAGAUAACACUGACAUUCUUCGACAACGCGCUGACCCCAAUGCUCUUAAGGAACAUCUGCUAAAGUUCACUGCACAUCAUCGGGCAGAAACAGCAUCAAAACGUGGGAAUGUGAGUACUUGCGGAGAAGGUAAUGUGGAUGUUGGGAAUGGUUAUGGUAUACCUGGUGGAGUUGCUUACGCAGGCCACUCCCAGAUCAGCGAGAAGCCUGAACCUACUGAUUAUUUGCCUGAAUAUCUCAAACGUAAACUAAAAGCCAGGGGGAUUCUCAGAGAUGGUUCAGGUGCUGUUGCACCCAACGCUCAAGGCGCGGCGUCAGCGGGUAGUUGGAAUACUCAGACAAGUGUACCUUUUCAGACAAAUGCAAGCACCUUACCAUUAGGAUGGGUAGAAGCGAAAGAUCCAGCUACUGGUGCAACAUAUUACUAUAACCAGCAUACCGGGGCAACCCAGUGGGAAAGGCCUCUUGAGCUGCUACCUUCCACCACUUCAAUUGCGCCGCCGCAGCCACCGAUGAUGCCUCCUAAAGAAGAGUGGAUUGAAACACUUGAUGAAACAUCUGGUCAUAAGUAUUACUACAAUACAAAGACACAUGUGUCCCAAUGGGAACCUCCAGCUUCUUUAAAGAAGCUCUCUGCCACAAACACUAACAACGCUGCCACCCAAAGUAGUGCUAACGGGAAGAAGGAGAUUACGGCCUCUGAGCUGCCGAGAUGCAGCGGAUGUGGUGGCUGGGGUGUGGGCCUUGUCCAGAGCUGGGGUCACUGUGCUCACUGUACCAGAGUUUUCAAUCUCCCAGAGCAGCAGUACUUGGCAUACGUCACAAAUGCAAGAAACUCUGGCCAAAACGAUCCAACUCAGCGGUCAAAUUCAAAACCUCCGGCGAAAAAGGGAGCAGGCAAAAAACGUGCGCAUGCGGAGGAUGAUGAGGUUGAUCCAAUGGACCCAAGCUCGUACUCAGAUGCUCCACGGGGUGGCUGGGUUGUUGGACUGAAAGGAAUGCAACCGCGAGCCGCUGAUACAACUGCCACAGGUCCUCUGUUUCAACAGCGACCGUAUCCAUCGCCUGGAGCUGUUCUGAGGAGAAACGCUGAGACGGCGUCUUCGCAGAAGAAGAAACCAAGCUCUCAUUUCACGGAGAUCACAAAGAGAGGCGAUGGAAAAGAUGGUCUUGGUGAUGCAGAUUGAGAAAGAGAGAGAGAGAGAGAGAGCUUAUUCUUCCCCUGUAUGUUACUUUUCUCCACAUACAUGUAUGGUCUUGAGGAGAGUAGUUUGUUUACUGGUCUAGUGAAUACACGUAACCAUACCUAAAGUGUGAAUUAGCAAUGCAUUCAUUCCUUAAUCUGUAGCAAACUUAUUUUCA